UCAGCGCUCUAUGUUUUCCAAAUUUCCCACAAUUUUCUUAAAGUUUGGUUCGUCACGGAAUGAGGUUGUUUGAUAAUACUUUUAAAGGAAAAUACAAAAUGAACUGUGGAAGAGUUAAUAGAAGAAAUAAUAGAAGGCGUGUAGGUCUUUGGAGAAGACUCCUGGAACGGAAUUUGUGGGUCCGAUACCACGCAAUGUCUAGGUUAGAGCAGGAGGAGCUGGAGGAGAGGUCAUCCAGAGAAGCCACCGUCCCCGUUGCCGCUAACCAAGAUAACACUGGUGAUGAUGACCCAGCUGCCAGGUUAGAGCAAGAGGAGCUGGAGCAGAGGUUAUCUGGAGAACCCACCGUCCCUGUUGCAGAUAACCCAGAUAACACUGGUGAUGAUGACCCAGCUGCCAGGUUAGAGCAAGAGGAGCUGGAGCAAAGGUUAUCUGGAGAACCCACCGUCCCUGUUGCAGAUAACCCAGAUAACACUGGUAAUGAGAGCAAUGGAUCAGCAAUGGAUCAUGAGCAGCAAAAUUUGCCUUGUACAUGUCCUUUUUAA